AUGCGCGCCACGCGACCCGACCCUCCCGCCCAAGCAAAGAGCUUCAUCGCGGGGAAAGGGGGCAUGCAUAGGCGCAAGGGGGCGUGCAUGGGCGCAAGGGGGCGUGCAUGGGCGCAAGGGGGCGUGCAUGGGCGCAAGGGGGCAUGCAUGGGCGCAAGGGGGCGUGCAUGGGCACAAGGGGGCGUGCAUGGGCGCAAGGGGGCGUGCAUGGGCGCAAGGGGGCAUGCAUGGGCGCAAGGGGGCGUGCAUGGGCGCAAGGGGACGUGCAUGGGCGCAAGGGGGCGUGCAUGGGCGCAAGGGGGCGUGCAUGGGCGCAAGGGGGCGUGCAUGGGCGCAAGGGGGCGUGCAUGGGCGCAAGGGGGCGUGCAUGGGCGCAAGGGGGCAUGCAUGGGCGCAAGGGGGCGUGCAUGGGCGCAAGGGGGCGUGCAUGGGCGCAAGGGGGCGUGCAUGGGCGCAAGGGGGCGUGCAUGGGCGCAAGGGGGCGUGCAUGGGCGCAAGGGGGCAUGCAUGGGCGCAAGGGGGCAUGCAUGGGCGCAAGGGGGCAUGCAUGGGCGCAAGGGGGCAUGCGUGGGCGCAAGGGGGCGUGCACGGGAAAGGGACGGGAGGGAGAUGACAAUGAGGAUAGGAGGGGCACACGAAGACGGAACGACGGUAGCACAGGAGAACACAGAAGCCAUUUUUCUCGUAUCAAAAUCGUCUCUCCUGUCACCUGGUGGGUCCAAAUCUCACCUCUCGUCUCUCGUCCUCACCUGGUUGGGCAUGCAACCCGCCUUCUCCAUGCGCUCAAACCACCCUAGAGCUUCGUUGAAGCGACCGGCAUUGGAGUAG